AUGACUGAAUCAACAAAGCCCGAUGUUAUCCUUGGGAUCGAGACCUGGCUGAGUGAUAUGAUAUGUACAUCCGAAAUAUUCCAUCCUGAACUUGGAUAUGAUGUGAUACGUAGGGACCGCGAUGGGGAUGCACAUGGUGGUGUUCUUAUAGCAGCUACAACUGAAUUCGGUCUGAAUCACCUUCACAUAUAUACCAAGGACUCGGAACUCAUAGCGAGAGAUGAUUUCAUUUUAUCAGAUAUCAACCGGGAUAACUAUGCCAUCAAUGGUUCACAAACAUCAAGAGAGAUAAACAACGCUUUCAUGCAGAUGACUGACAACCUAAACCUGCAGCAAGUAGUUGAUAUCCCGACUAGAGGAGAGAAAAUCUUGGAUCUACUUCUAACAUCUCAUCCUGGACAACUUAGUCGAUGCAAGACUAACCCACCACUCGGAAACAGCGCUCAUGAUGUAGUACUCAUAGAUUUUACGAUACACAUAACUCGACCGAGACUAAAGAGGAGAACUAUAUAUUUGUGGAAGAAAGCCAAUAUCAACGGAGCCGUAAAACAUCAUGUACCAUCUCGUCGCACACUGGCUAAACAUAUCCACCCAUGGAUUACCUCUGUGCUGAGACUCCUUAGCAACAGGAAACAGAAAGCCUAUAAACGUGCUAAGCGCAGCAAGGACCCAAAAGUUGUGAAGCGAUAUAAGGCACUCAAAGGGCAAUUACAUAGGGAAUCCAGGGGAGCACACAGAGCUUACUUGGAAGAUGUUUUCAGCGAUGACCUGCGUACCAAUCCGAAACGUUUUUGGACAUUUAUAAAAGACAGGAAGCAGGAUUCAUCCCAAAUAGAGACUUCGAAGUCCAAUGACGGAUUCCUCCACAGCGACACUGCCAGCAAAGUUUUUAAUGAGCAGUUUCAGUCUGUAUAUACCCGGGAAGAUCUAAGUACUCUACCUGAUCUAGGACCAAGCUCUUUCCCUACUAUGGACAAAAUAACCAUUCAUGAGAUGGGAAAAUUGAAAUUACUAAAGGGACUGCGCCCAUUCAAUAUAUAUUCCUAUAUACAAGAAAGGGGAGAAACAUCAACCAUCAAAAUACAGGUCUGUCUCCCUUACAUCAAUAGCCUGCAAGCUCCUGGAACAUGUUGUACACAGCACAGUUUAGGACCACUUCAUCGGAACAACAUCCUCUGUGAUGAACAACAUGACUUUCGUGCCCGCCGAUCAUGUGAGACACAACUUGUCAUAACGCUGGACCAUAUAGCCAGGAAUUCGACCAGGGGCACCAGACAGACAUUAUACUAUUGGACUUUUCAAAGGCUUUUGAUAAAGUCCCUCACCAACGUCUUCUACUGA